AUGUCGAGGCUUGUCUUUGCUCUCUCCCUCCUCCUCUCUUGCCUAGCCGUGGCGGCUGCUGGAAAAAGCUCCGGCUACUCCGAGAUCCUCGAGGUGAACCCACAGAAUACAAUGCCCUGGAAAGAGAAGCUCACCCACGUUCACUUCUUUUGGCACGACAUCCUUGCCGGCCCUAACCUAAGCGCGGUCGCAGUAGUCCCCCCGCAAGCCAACUCCCCCACCUUCUUUGGGUCGGUGUCCGUGAUAAAUGACGCGCUGACAAUCGGGCCGGCCCUGAGCUCGGGCAUCAUAGGGAGGGCUUAG